AUGACGCUUCCCUCUACUAUUGCCUCGCGCUUCCUCUCCCACCCCAACCAACUGGGCGUGGUGGCCGUUGGUUUCAACGGUGGUCAAUGCAAGAAAGGUGUCGAAGCAGCCCCGAUGGCCCUAAUUGAAUCAGGUCUCCUCACCCAACUAAGCGAAGACCUCGACUACGAAGUCCACCACGACAACACAGUCCACUACUACGAGAAGGACAUCCCCGCCGAAGACCCAGACCACCGAGGCAUGAAGAAGCCGCGCGCCGUCAGCGCCGUGACUGAGAAGCUCAGCCAGCAGGUCUACAACUACGCCAAGGAAGGAAAGAUGGUCUUGACCCUCGGUGGCGACCACUCCAUCGCCAUCGGCUCCGUCUCCGGCACAGCCAAGGCUAUCCGAGAGCGUCUCGGCCGCGAAAUGGCCGUUAUCUGGGUCGAUGCCCACGCCGAUAUUAACAUCCCCGAGACGAGUGACAGUGGAAACAUCCACGGCAUGCCCAUGGCGUUCUUGACCCGGCUGGCCCGGGAGGAGAAGCGCGAUAUCUUCGGUUGGCUGCAAGAUGAGCACAUUGUCAGCACGCGCAAGCUGGUAUACAUUGGUCUGCGUGAUGUCGACCGUGGUGAGAAGAAGAUUCUCCGCGAUCACAACAUCAAGGCAUUCAGCAUGCACGAUAUCGACCGUCACGGAAUCGGUCGUGUUGUCGAUAUGGCGCUUGCUCACAUUGGCAAUGACACUCCCAUUCACCUGUCUUUUGAUGUUGAUGCCCUCGACCCCCAGUGGGCUCCUAGCACGGGUACCCCCGUCCGUGGUGGCUUGACCCUGCGCGAGGGAGACUUCAUUUGCGAGGCUGUGCAUGAGACAGGUAACUGUAUCGCAAUGGACUUGGUGGAAGUCAACCCUAGCCUGGAGACUAAGGGCGCCUCAGAGACCAUCCGCGCGGGGUGCUCACUGGUGCGGAGUGCAUUGGGCGACACGUUGCUGUAA